AUGAACAAGUACAGUGAUUUACCAGAUAUUGACAAUGAAGGCCAAGAAGUUUUUGAAUCUUCAGAUGUGGAAAGUGAGAUAGAACUACCGAUUGAAACUACAAAUGAUCCUGAUGUAGAGGUCAGUUCCAUUAAUGUCGAUCAAUCGAAAGAACUUUUUGCUCGAAACGAGAUUGUUGAUACAACAGGUUUUGAUUUUCUGGGAAACCUUUCAAGAUUGAAUGGAUAUAGUGUAACCCAAGUUGAAGAAACCACUGAGGAGAAACUUUCUAGAAUAUCAAGAGAAUUGGAAGAAAUUAAAUUACAGGACCAUCAUACGGUCUCACAACAACCUGAUCAAUUAUUGACAAUACUAUCAGAAUUAAAAUCGGAAAAUACAAUCAUAAAACCUUUACGAUCUGAACAGUUGAAGAUAGAUAGUUUAUUUAAACACAUUGAAUCUGAUACCCCAGUUGCAUCUAAAAGUUUUGAUCGUUUAAUAGAUUUGGAAAACAGGUUAAGUAAACUUGAAUCAGUCGUGGGGACAGAAGAUACAACCACUUCUGUCCAACUAACUAUAAAUGAUCUUUCACGGAAAAUCUCAAUCGUUGAGAACCCAGAAUAUGAUUUUGACAAAAUUAGAAAUGAAGUGGGAAAGCUUACUAAAGAAUUAGAAGAAUUAGAUUUGAAAAGAAAAGUGUUAGAUUUAGAUGAUGACAGUACAAAAACAAUCACCAAACAAGAUAAGAUUGAUGAAUUGUAUGAAAAAUUACCCAAUAUCAAUAAAUACAAUCAAGUUGCACCCAUGCUAUUAACUAGAUUGAAAACUUUAAAUAGCAUACAUCAAGAAAUGAAGAAUAAUAUUGAUUUGUCUAAUGGUAUAGACCAAAUAUUGAAUGAUGUACAAUUAGAUUUGAAAAAUUGGGAUCAAACAAUAACUAAAUUAAAUGAACGUAUCAAUGAUUAUGAAGACAAUUUUGAAAAAAAUUCAAAAACUGUACAAGAAAGAAUUAGUGAUUUAAUAUUAAAAGUAGAUAGUUUAUCCACUGACUAA